AUGAAGAUCCCCAAUGUCUCCACACCCCCAGCUGUGCCUUCGCUCACCACAAAGCCACUGACGGUCACUAAGACAAAACCCAAAGCCAAGGAGGAGCCCCAGGAACCGCCCCAGGACAUGUCCCUGCACUUGCAGCAGCUCAUGCUAUCCACAGACAAUGUGCAGAACAAUUCCUUCUCCGAGGACUUUCUGGAGCAGCUAGUGCCGAUUGUCAAGGAUGCCAUCAAGACCAAACGGACUGGAGAGCUGUUGGACCGUCUAGACGGCAUCACACGUCUGCAGGACCGCAAGCUGGAGCAGCUGUGUGAGGGAGGACAGGGAGACUACUUGGUGAGCAUGCCCAAACUGUCGCAGAUCCGAUCCGGAGCCGAUCGGCAGCGGGGAGCUCUGCAGGACCUCAAUUUCCGUUUGCAGCAAUCAGGAGGACAACUGGUGACACGAAAGAAGCGGCUUCUGGAGGCUCGAACAGUGCGUGAAAACCUCGACACUGCCAUCGAGACCGUCGAGUCGUGUCUACAGGUUCUGGAGCUCACCAACAAGACUCACGAUCUGAUCAAGGCCAAGAAGCACUUUGCAGCCCUCAAAUCUUUGGACGACUUGCAAAACGUGCAUCUCAAGGAAGUUUCUGAUUACGGAUUUGCACGAAUGAUCAACGACUCGGUGCCGCAGCUGACGAGCCUGGUGCAGGAGGAUGUUGUCAACGACACCUUCAAGUGGCUUUCGUCUUUGCGAUCCGUUUACCCUGCCAUUGGUCAGGCAGCCUUCCAGGAGACGGAGCGUCUACGCCAGGAGUGGCGGGACGAGGUACACAGGAACCCUGAGCUGGCUCGCUACAAGUUUAACAGCCCGAUCGAGCUCUCCUACCGAUCAUCCUCUUUCGAUCCCAUCGACAACCAUUCUGUUCUUGUCGAGCUGGACCCUCUAUACGAGUGUCUGCAUAUCCACCACACUCUGCGGAAGACGGACGUGUUUAUCAAAAAAUUUGAUGAGUUCCGACGCUCCCACGUGCAAAACAUUGUGCCUACGGUCGCCAGCAUGUCCUCUGCGUCGGAAGACGGAGUUGCCGAGAUUUUGCAGAAUCUGGCAGGUUUUUGUAUCCUCGACAGAACGAUUUCGUCGCGAACCACCAAGGGUUUCCGUCCUCAAUCCGAUGUCGACGACCUGUGGAUUUCUCUGUCGCAAAAGCUUAUGGGCACUCUUGGCCACGAACUAGCUUCUGUCCAGGACCAAGCAGUGCUCGUCAAUCUCAAGGCCCAGCUGGGUUUGUUUGUGCAGACCAUGGAACAAUACCGAUUCGACACGGUCAACGUGGGCGACUUUCUGCUUCUGUCGUUCCGAAAGUUCUCCCAGUUUCUCAUUUCUGGCUUUGACAAGGACUUCAACACCGGAAUCAUGGAGGACGACACCAACAAGAUCACCAUUCACGACGCUGAUCGGUAUGAGAAGAUCACUCGAGCGUGCUGGUGGACUCCAGCGGAUGACGAGGCAGCUGGAGGCAAACCCGGAGCUGCUACAGACGGCGUGUUCCCCAAGACCCUUCCCUUCUCGCCCAUCUUGCCCCUUUGUUGUGCCAAGAUUACGCAUCUGAUUCACCAGCACUAUGCAUUUCUGGACGAGUUCAAUGUGUCUGAAGUUACCCAGACGGAGGACUACGUGCAGCAGGCCAUGGAUAGUCUGCUGAAUGACAUUAUCUGCGACACGCUGCUGCAUCGGCUUAUGACCACGACCCGAGAGCAGAUUGUGCAGAUUCUGAUCGACCUGCAGCAGUUUGAGCGGGUUAUUCCGUUCAUUGCCCAGAGCAUUGUGGACGGUCGUCCGUCGCAACGAAAGUCGAAGAUUACACUCAAGGCCCAGAAGAAGUUCCAGCAGGCGUCCGCCAAGGCCGAGUCACGAAUAUUCGAGCACGUGACCCAGACGGUGGACAACUUCAUGGAGCUCGAGGACUACGAUUGGUCGACCACAGUUUCGUCCGAUGAACCUUCCUCAUAUCUGGACGAAAUGGUCAACUUCCUUACGAUCUUUUUCAACUCCACGCUCGCCGACCUACCCUUUGCCAUCAAGAACUACGUCUACUUUGGCGCGUUUGACCAUUUGGCUUCUUCGUUGUUGCAGAUUCUGUUGAAUGCGCCCCGGGGCCUCAUCACCACCGAGGCCGUGCACAACUACAACGUGGACAUUCAAUACAUGGAGCAGUUUGUGACGACGCUGCAUUUGGACGGAGGCAACGCGUCGCUGUCGACCACCUUCAUCGAGAUCCGACAAUGUCUGGAUCUGCUCAUGACCAACGAGCUGUCCAAGGAGUACAAUAACCCGCAGAUCCGAAUGCGACGGUACGACCGAAUCAAGCCUGAGGUCGCGCAGCAGCUCAUGGAUAUGUCGCAGACCAUGAAGCAACCCCAGAGCCCCCAGAUUGGAGGCGGUACACAGCAGAAGCCAACUUCGCGGUUUAUGCGAAUGUACAGGAAUGCGUCUGGUGCACAUGAGCCUUGA